GAAGGAAGGAAGGAGGGAGGGAGAAAGAGAGAGCAAGAACAGCCUCAAAUGUUUGGAAUAAUUCCGCUUCCGUUGGGAAUAGGGACCAGCCGCUUGUGAGCGACUCCAGCGGGGACUCUCCUCCUCCUCCUCCUCCUCGAGGCUCGGGCGCGCUUUCGUGGGACCCCCCAGCUCCACCUCCGCCAUGGCCACCUCUCCUCAGAAAUCGCCCUCGUCCCCCAAGUCGCCCACUCCCAAGUCGCCCCCAUCCCGGAAGAAAGACGACUCCUUUUUGGGCAAGCUCGGAGGCACUUUGGCCAGGAGGAAAAAAGCGAAAGAAGUGUCUGAACUGCAAGAAGAAGGAAUAAAUGCCAUUAACCUGCCACUCAGCCCAAUCCCCUUUGAACUUGAUCCUGAAGAUACUAUGCUAGAGGAAAAUGAAGUCCGAACCAUGAUUGAUCCAAAUUCAAGAAGUGACCCAAAACUACAGGAGCUGAUGAAGGUGCUAAUUGACUGGAUUAACGAUGUUUUAGUAGGAGAACGAAUUAUUGUAAAAGACUUGGCUGAAGACCUGUAUGAUGGACAAGUACUGCAGAAACUCUUUGAGAAGCUUGAGAGUGAGAAACUCAACGUUGCUGAAGUCACACAGUCUGAAAUAGCUCAGAAACAAAAGCUGCAGACAGUCCUUGAAAAGAUCAAUGAAACUCUUAAACUUCCUCCAAGGAGCAUCAAGUGGAACGUUGACUCUGUCCAUGCUAAAAGUCUUGUUGCAAUACUGCACCUUUUGGUUGCGUUAUCACAGUACUUUCGAGCUCCAAUCAGACUGCCGGAUCAUGUGUCUAUUCAAGUUGUUGUUGUCCAGAAACGAGAAGGAAUCCUCCAGUCCCGUCAGAUCCAAGAGGAAAUAACUGGUAACACUGAGGCAUUGUCAGGACGGCAUGAAAGAGAUGCAUUUGACACACUGUUUGACCAUGCUCCAGACAAACUCAAUGUUGUGAAAAAGACUCUCAUAACAUUUGUGAAUAAACACCUGAAUAAGCUGAAUUUGGAAGUUACAGAACUGGAAACCCAGUUCGCAGAUGGAGUAUACCUGGUGCUCCUGAUGGGUCUUCUUGAAGGUUACUUUGUGCCUCUUCACAGCUUUUUUUUGACUCCGGAUAGCUUUGAACAAAAGGUACUCAAUGUGUCCUUUGCGUUUGAGCUGAUGCAAGAUGGAGGGCUUGAAAAACCAAAACCAAGGCCAGAAGACAUCGUAAACUGUGACUUAAAGUCAACUCUGAGGGUGCUGUACAAUCUGUUCACCAAAUACAGAAACUUGGAAUGAAGAAGUCCCUUGGGAACCCACAGGUGGCUGAGUAAUGAACCAACCAACCCAACAGCCACUCCUUUUUUGCAAUUGUUCUUUUACUUUUGUACUACAUUUCCUUCACAUAUUCCAUAUUCUUGCUAUGUUUGUUUUGCACAAAAAAAUGUUUUAAAUUAGGUCUUGUCUGCAAUCCAAAAUAUUAUGAAGUGAACCUCUGCUGGAAGAUGCAUAUUCCUUUGUCUUAGCUAGCUCCUGAUUUCUUGGAGAGCAAGCAAGGAAGCCUGAUCCCACAUCCAGGUUAAGAGAAACAAACUGAUCUUGAUAGAAAUGCCAGCCAAUUCCUAUGAGCUGUGCUGCCGCAAUAACCAAGAAGAUCACAUGACACAGGUCUGUGCACUACUAUAUGGUGAAUGUGCUAUCUUCUUCUGCGGGAUCCUGUCUAAGCCAAAGAAUAGGUAUACCUGCUGUCAUUGGUGCUUUGGCAGCUGCUGCUUUCUAUACAUUACUCAGCUAUGCUACACAAAGGACAGAAUCAGCCCAGAAAGAGGAUAGUCCUUUCUCAUUGUGCUUAGCUCUUCAUCAAGACACGCUGGACUAGCAGCAGAACUCUGUGUUGCUCCCAUAUAUCGAGGUAGCCAGGGACUCUCUCCUGUCCUACCACCUGGGAGUCAUUUUAGAUUGUGGUGCAAACUGCUGCUUUUAAGAAGCAGAUGCUCAGUUGUUCCAUAGAAUCAAUUAGAUCGAAAUGCUUCAGUUUAAUUAAGUUGUG